AGAGGGUUCCAUGAAAAUAUCAAUGAUAAAGUUGAACAACAAAGUAAACAAUUUAAGCGAUUGUGAAUGAAUUUCUUGGAAGCAUGAACCGUUCUUCCUUUUUCUUUUAGCAUAUAAAGGGGUUGCUGCAUUGGCUACAAAUGCAUAAAGUGGUGAGAUGGAGAUGGAGUUGAAAUGGUUGGCCAUGGUUCUUGUAGUGUUAUCCUUAGGAGCUGGGCUGUGUGAUGGGUGCUUAGAGGAGGAAAGAUUUGCUCUCUUCCAACUCAAACCUUUCUUUGAGUUCAUUGAUUAUAAGUUUCAAGAUCUAGACUAUGGGUCAAGGCCGGAAAAAGAGAGUUCAUCAAAUUGUUGUGAGUGGGAAAGGGUUGAAUGCAACCCAAUAAGUGGACGAGUCACCCAUCUUUUCCUUAAUUAUUCCAGCAACAUGAAGAGAGAUUGGUAUCUUAAUGCUUCUUUGUUCCUUCCUUUUGAGAAAUUACAGAAUCUUUCUUUAAGUGGGAAUUUCAUAACCGGCUGUAUUGCCAAUCAAGGUUUUGAAAGGUUGUCAUCGAAAUUGGACAAGUUGGAGAAUCUUGACUUGAGUGACAAUCAUUUCAACAAUAGCAUUUUAGCAUCCUUAAGUGAACUUUCCUCGCUUAAGUCUUUAAAUCUAGCCAAAAAAGAAUUCACAAGAUCAAAUCCUACUAAUGGUAUUGAGAUGUUAUCAAAGUUGAACAAUUUGGAAACUUUGGAUUUAUCUUUCAACCAUUUAGGAAAUAAGAUCCUAUCACAACUAGAUGGUUUUGCCUCUUUAAAAUCAUUGUGUUUGAAGGAUUGCGGACUAAAAGGAACCCUUGAUAUACAAGAAAGCAAUAAUAAUUGGAUGAACUUGAAGGAGCUGUAUUUAGAGGGAAAUGAAAUUAAGAGCCUUGGGUCACUAUUCCAUGAAAAAGAAGGAAUGAAGUUCAACAAACUUGAGGUACUUAGUUUAAGUUGGAAUCUCUUUAACAAUAGCGUAUUCUCAUCCCUUGUUGAGCUCUCGAAUUUAAAGUUAUUGGAUUUAUCCUUUAACAAACUGAAAGGGGCAAUAUAUACAAAAGAUUUAAAUGCUCUCCGCAAUUUAGAGGAGUUGAUCUUAUCCGGUAAUGAAGUGAAUGGAUUUAUUCCAUCUCAAGGACUAAGGCUGAUGAAUUUGAAACAUCUUGUUUUGAGUGGUAACGGUUUCAAUAAUAGUAUAUUGUCAUCUCUUGCUACACUUCCGAAUCUAAAGACUUUGGGGAUAAGUAUCUGUCAAUGCAAUGGAUUAAGAGAUUUAUAUGGUUUUAGCAAUUUGGAAGAGCUGACUAUGACCGGCUCUACAGUUGCAGGUAAUGAUUGUAGCUUCUCAUUACAAUCAUUGCGCUUAUUCCCCAUUUUGAAGACUCUUUCUUUACAAGGAUUUAAUAUUAAUGAAACCACAAUGGCUUCCUAUUCCCGCAAUACCUCUGUUACAGCAGACUUUACUUCAUUGAAGCGUUUAGAGUUGUGGGAUUGUAAGAUCAACAAAAACCUCACUCAACAAGAAGGCCUAAAUUUGAGAAGUUUGGAAGAGUUGGAGUUGUCUUAUUCAUCUUUACCUUCAAACUUUAUUCAAGUUUUUGGACCACUCAUUUCUCUUAAAAAAUUGAUCGCCUAUGGUAUCAAUGGUAACAACAGUCCACCUAUGCAUGAUGUCUGUGAAUUGACAAAUCUCCAAGAGUUGGAUAUCAAUGGCUGUAAUCUAAAGGGUAGCUUACCCAUGUGUUUCUCCAACCUCACCUCCCUUAAAAUGUUAUCACUCUCUUCCAAUCAGUUUUCCGGAAAUAUAUCUAUCCUUAAGAGCCUAAAAUUGCUUGAAUCUUUGGACCUCUCUUCUAAUCAGUUCUCUGGAAAUAUAUCUGCCCUUGAAAGUCUAACAUUGCUUGCAUCUUUGGACCUCUCUUGUAAUCAGUUCUCUGGAAAUAUAUCUGCCAUUCAGAGCCUAACAUUGCUUGCAUCUUUGGACCUCUCUUCUAAUCAGUUUUCUGGAAAUAUAUCUACCCUUCAGAGCCUAACAUUGCUUGAAUCAUUGGACCUCUCUUCAAAUCAGUUCUCUGGAAAUAUAUCUGCCCUUGAAAGUCUAACAUCCCUCCAAUCGUUGGCUGUUUCAAACAAUAAAUUUCACAUCCCAAGCUCAUUAAGACCCUUGUUCAACCUUUCAAAACUCAAUUACCUUCAUGCAGAUAACAACACCAUACAUGCUGAUGAUCAUGAGAUGUCGCAUUCUUCGGCUCCAAGGUUCCAAUUGAGUUCCAUCAGCUUAUCUUGUUGUGGAAGUGGUGGAUCAUUUCCAAAAUUCUUGUACCAUCAAAGUGAGUUGCAGCAUGUAGACAUCUCAAACAUAUAUUUCAAGGUGGAUCGAUUUCCGUUUUGGUUGUUGGAAAACAACAUGAUGCUAGUGACCCUGAAUCUCGUGAAUUGCUCUCUGUCAGGGCCUUUUCAAGUGCCAUCGCGUGUGUAUUCUGCUUUAUCAUAUUUGGAUAUCUCCAACAAUGCCUUCGGUGGCAACAUCCCAGUAAGAAUUGGAGCACACCUACCAUUUUUGGAUUAUUUGAACAUGUCAAAGAUUUGUUUCAAUGGCAGCAUUCCCUCUUCAUUUGGUGAUAUGAAUUCCCUACAAAUUUUGGACUUAUCAAACAACCAAUUGCCUGGAGAGAUACCUGAGCACAUGGCUAUGGGCUGCUCUUCAUUAGAAUUCCUUGGAUUAUCAAAUAACAAAUUACAAGGAUCAAUUUUCUCAGGAAAUUUUAAUCUAACGAGCUUGACGGAGCUUGAAUUAAAUGGAAAUAACUUCACUGGGAUGAUCCCAAAUGUCUUAGCUAACUGCUCUCACUUGUAUAUACUAGAUCUUAGCAAUAACUAUAUCUGUGGCCAAGUCCCAAGUUGGAUUUGGAAUAUGUCACAGCUGGCAGCAUUGGAUGUGAGCAGGAACCAACUCUUUGGUAGGUUGCCACAAUGGAGGGGAUCUGCUUCGAAUUUGGAACAAGUUGCCAUGGCAGAUAAUCAACUUGAAGGUUCAAUACCAAGGGCAAUUUGUAGUCUCAAUCUCAAACUUCAACUUUUGGACCUUUCCAUGAACAGUUUAUCUGGGACUCUACCAUCUUGCUUCAAACCGGUAUCCGUGAAGGAAGUUCAUUUAUUUAAAAAUAAGCUACAAGGAGCGUUACCAAAUGCUUUUCAUGAUAGCUCUUCGUUGGUGACAUUGGAUCUCAGCUACAACCACUUGAAGGGUAACAUUCCUAAUUGGGUUAGCAAUCUUUCUAAAUUAAGUUAUCUUCUCUUAAAGAGAAACCACUUUGAGGGUGAAAUUCCAAUUCAAUUAUGCAAGUUGGAUCGUUUAAGCUUGAUUGAUCUUUCUCAAAACGGUCCCUCUGGUGAUAUUCCUUCUUGUUUAAAAAUUUCUGCGCUGAACUAUGUAACUGAGCAAUAUAUUCCGCAUUAUAUUAUUUAUUCCAGUAAGAAAAGUCCGAGGUCCAUUGAAGUUCCAGUAGAAUACACAGUAAAGAGCAGAUCCUACAAUUAUAAGAAAAGAAUGUUGCAAUACAUGUCUGGAAUUGAUCUCUCCUGCAACAAGCUUACCGGUGAAAUUAGUUUUGAAACAAAAAACAUUAUGAAACUCUUCACAUUGAACCUUUCUCAUAAUAGCUUGACCGGAGCAGUGCCACGAGCAUUUUCUAACCUCAUGGACAUAGAAAGUCUAGAUCUUUCCUACAACAAUUUAACAGGGAAUAUCCCUGCCGAAUUUGCGGUGUUACAUUUUCUGGAAUACUUCAAUGUGUCAUAUAACAAUUUAUCUGGAAAGACACCUGAAAGGAUUGGACAAUUGGGAGCAUUUGAUGAAAGCAACUAUAUUGGGAAUCCUUUCCUUUGUGGCUCAUUGGUGGGAAAAAAUUGUUCAAUGGUCACAACACCACUGACGCCGAAGGCUUCAUCUGGCAUCAAAGAAGACCAUGGUUUCAUUGAUAUGGAUGCCUUCUAUGCAAGCUUCUUUGCAUGUUACGUGAUGGUGCUAUUGUGUAUCGCAGCUGUGCUGUACAUAAAUCCUUAUUGGAGGCAAACAUGGUUUUACUAUAUGCAAAUGGCCGUCGAUUCUUGCUACUAUUUUGUGGUAGAUAAUUUCCCCAUAAAUUUUUGUAGUGGAAACAUGUAGAAAAUUUUGUUGUGAAAUUUGUCGAUUGCAAUGCGAUGUUUAUAUGUAGCAACUGUGUUAAGACUGGAUUUAAAGUGCUCUUUUGGAACUAAAUAAAAACUCCCACAAGCCAUAUCUUAGUUUCA